GGCGGGGGACAUGGCGCCCGGGCCCGGGCUGAGGAGGAAGGGGGCCGCGGGGCUGGCCCACCUGCGCUGGCCGCCCUUCCUGCGCCAGAGCCUGCGCCGGGCCUGGCAGGACAAGCACCUGGUGCUCUUCGAGCCCCAGUACACCCCGCUCGUGGCCGCCUGCCUCUGCCUGGCGGAAGUGGGGGUCAAUCACUGGGUCAUACAGAGGGUGGCAUAUACAGAGAUUGACUGGAAAGCCUACAUGGAUGAGGUGGAGGGUGUUAUCAAUGGGACCUUGGAUUACACCCAACUAAAGGGGGACACAGGCCCCCUUGUGUACCCUGCUGGGUUUGUUUACAUAUUUCUGGGUCUGUAUUAUGCCACUGGCCAUGGCACCAACGUCCGCCUGGCCCAGUACUUCUUUGCUGCGCUUUACCUCGUCACAUUGCUGCUUGUUUUCCGCAUCUAUACCCGAACGAGUAAGGUCCCUCCCUACGUUUUCUUCUUCAUGUGCUGCGCCUCCUACCGCAUCCACUCAAUCUUUGUCCUGCGCCUUUUCAAUGACCCAGUUGCCAUGGCAAUCCUUUUCCUGGCUGUCAACCUCUUCCUGGAGGAGCGGUGGUCCUGGGGCUGCUUCUGCUUCAGCCUGGCUGUGUCUGUGAAAAUGAACAUUCUGCUCUUUGCGCCAGGUCUACUUUUCCUUCUCCUGUGGCGCUUUGGCCUCGUAGGUGCUGUUCCCAAGCUUGCCAUCUGUGCAGUCCUGCAGGUGGUUCUGGGGCUUCCCUUCCUGGUGGUAAAUCCCGUCGGGUAUCUGACCCACUCCUUUGAUCUGGGCCGCCAGUUCCUCUUCAAGUGGACAGUAAAUUGGCGAUUCUUGCCAGAAGAGGUUUUCCAGCACCGGGCUUUCCACCUGGCACUGCUGAUCGCCCACUUGACUGCCUUGGGGCUCUUUGCAUUGAAUAGGUGGCACAGGUCUCACGAAAACAUUCUGUCACUGCUGAAGAAUCCAGCGGAGAGAAAGAACCCUCCACAGCCCCUCUCAGCCAAUCAGGUAGUCUUUCCUCUCUUCACUUCCAAUUUCAUCGGCAUUUGCUUCAGCCGCUCCUUGCAUUAUCAGUUCUAUGUGUGGUAUUUCCACACUCUGCCCUACCUGCUCUGGUGCACGCCUCCCAAGAAGCUUGCUCACCUGCUAAAGGUGCUUAUCCUAGGUUUGAUUGAGCUCUCUUGGAACACAUAUCCCUCGACAGUUUACAGUGCAGCCUCCCUACACGUCUGUCACGGCAUCAUCCUUCUGCAGCUCUGGUACGGGACGGCGUCUUCCUCAGCCGCCCAGGAAGGAAAGCAGCCGUCGAAAAAGGCAGAGUAAGGACUGGACGAGAACAGCGAGAGAAUCUGAACAAGAUAGCCUGGGCUUGGGUUGGACAAUGCUCCAGGGCAGCUGCUGAUGGUCCAUUUCCAUUGCUCAGGCGUAGGCGCUGCGUUCUGGCCCCGAGUUGUCUCGCUUGAUUGGAGAGCGGCUGCGAAAGAGCACAACCCACGUAUCGGCCACCAGCACGGUGGAAACCCCUUCAAUAAAACAGCUGGGGCCUGGGUUGAGGCCUAUUGCCUCUGCA